GGUGUACGCAAGCGCAGGACGCAGGCGCGCAGUCAGAAAACACGAGACUCAAGCCGAGGGACCCCGCUCGAGUCUGAGGUGUGGAGCUGAGAAAGGAUGGAGGUUCUGAAGGUGGAAAAGUUCACGACUGCCGACCGGGGAAACGGGCUGCGCGCUGUGGCCCCACUGCGCCCCGGGGAGCUGCUCUUCCGCUCCGACCCCUUGGCUUACACUGUGAGCAAGGGGAGUCGUGGCGUCGUUUGCGAUCGCUGCCUCCUGGGGAAGGAAAAGCUGAUGCGGUGUUCUCAAUGCCGGAUUGCCAAAUACUGCAGCGCCAAGUGUCAGAAAAAAGCCUGGCCGGACCACAAGCGGGAAUGCAAAUGCCUCAAAAGCUGCAAACCCAGGUAUCCGCCCGACUCCGUGAGACUUCUGGGCAGGGUAGUCGUCAAACUGAUGGAUGGCAAGCCGUCAGAGUCAGAGAAACUUUAUUCCUUUUAUGAUCUGGAGUCCAAUAUUAGCAAACUCACUGAAGAUAAGAAAGAGGGCCUGAGGCAACUCGCAAUGACAUUUCAACAUUUCAUGAGAGAAGAAAUACAGGACGCUUCUCAGCUGCCGCCUUCUUUUGACCUUUUUGAAGCCUUCGCAAAAGAAUGGAGAGAGAAGUGUAUGAAGACAAGAGAAGCGUUAGUCAGCGAUGCCGGAGAGGCAGACUGGCACCCAGAGAUGAGCACACACAGAUGUCCAUCCCGGCAGCAGAAUUAAAGAAAACUGAAACCUUGGCAUUUUGAAUAUCACUGAGGUAUCAUUUGUCUAUGCAUUCAGAAUUUUUCAGGGCUAACGGGGAGCCGUAGUCUACAUAAGUCCAACUUCUGAUAGUCCCGGGGCUUUCUCCCCUGUGGAAAACCGUUGAAAGAAGAUUUGGGCUUUUGUAGUAGGUAGCAGUCAACACUAGAACGCUCAACGAGAGCAAUAUUCGGAGUUCUUCCUGUCUUCUCUCUGUGGUGCUGGAAUGGACAAAGCAGAAAGAUUAAUGACAUGGAUGUGCAGAAGGCCCGCUCUCAGGCUGGGGGCUUUAUGUGUUACAGCACAGUGGUACUAUAUCUCCCCUCGUCAAACCGAAUUAGUGUGCUACAUGUCAUGGGCGGCGGGGAAACCGCUUUGCCGUUCAUAAUAACGUGUUUCAAAGCGCCACCCGAAGUGAUGACAGUGUGUACCAGGGAUGCUCUCAGUUUUCCGUUUUGCAUGCGUCACAUCCUAUUUAUAAGGCAGCAUUUCCCAAAACAAACGGGGAAAGCAGUCCUGAAGACAAGGGAUCUUUUUCAGUCUCAUCACCAAAAGCCCCAUUCUCUCCAGUGGCUUAGUCAGCAUUUCAGAAUAUAAAACUUGAAGUGUGAAGAUUAGUCUGGGUGUGCUUUUGAAGCGGGGCCGCUCAGGAGAGUAAAAGGUGGGCCGCGUGCAGCUGCAUAUGGACUCCUUAAAGAAUCAAAUACAAAGAGAGCUGUGCUUUGUGACACUGUUCCCAGGUGUGAGGAGAUAAUGAAAUACUUAAAAAAAUGAUUUAAAUCAAAUUAGCAGGUUCUAUUUCAGUAGGAUUCCUUCCUUCCUUCUUUCCCCUCUCCCUCCCUCCCUUCUUUCCUUCCUUUUUUGUUUUGUUUUGUUUUGUUUUGUUUUAAAUCUGUAUCAAUCCUGGUUCUAAAGUGUUGGGCUAGGUAACGUUUGCCCUGAUGUAUUGAGUGUGUGGUCACGGGGACAUGUGUUAUAAAUCUGACCACAAAAACACACAUGUGUAUAGAGUGUGACGCUACUCCUAGGAAUGUGUUGAAUCCCAACGGGUUUUCAGAUCUGAUCAACCUGACCGGUUGGCUUUAGCUUGUACCUUUAAAAAAUGUGUUGUAUUUCCAGCAAAGCAAAAUAACCCCCAUCCCCCAAACCAAAACCAUUAAGAAAUAUGUGUUUGUUUUACCUAGUUUUAAGGAAAAUUUACAAAAUCUGAAGGGCUUCUUUAUCAGGUCACAAUUAUUCUGUUAUAGUUUUCUUAUACUCUUGGAGGAAAAAUACUAAAGAGACAUGUGCGUGUGCACAGAAACCAAGAUCUCUAGUGAUCCAAACCAGCUGUCACAUGGACGGUGUGGUCUAACUGAGCUUAAAAUUCUCUUUGCUUCUAUGUAUUCGUGUGAGAAAGCCUAAAAGUGGCCUCCGUUCUAUGAAUAGUAUAGGUCUGAUGGCAUUGAAAAAAGAGUCAGUUUGGGGACUGCAGAGAUAGCCUAGUGGUUAAGACUAUUGGAUACUCUUCCAGAGGAUAUGGGUUCGGUUCCCAGCACCCCCAUGAUGGCUCACAACUGUCUGUAACUCCAGUCCCAGGAGAUCCACAAUCUUCUUCUGACUCUGUGGGUGCUAGGCACACACAUGGCACACAGACAUACAUGGAGGCAAAACACUCAAGACAACACAAGAUAGGAUAAACAAAUCAAAAAAGCUUUUAUAAUUAUUAAAUUUAAUAAAUGUCUGUAAAAAGGAGGACAUUCAGAGCAAAGAGAAGGAAGGAGUGAUUAGCCUGACAAACUGGCAGAAACUUACCUUCAGGGACAAAAUAUCUGUUUUUGAUGACUCUAAAAACCCCUAAUUAAUUAACUAAUUAGUUAGUUAAAUAGUAGUUACUCUUCGGUGUGUUCACAUGUCUGUGUAUGGAUUUGUGUGUACAUGUACAUCUGAGCCGAGGUACAUGUGCACACGUCUGCAUGUGCAUAUGGGAACAGAGGACAGCGUUGGCUUUUGCUCCUCAGGAACAACACCUAUCCUAUUUUUUUCAGAAAGUGCGUCUCAGUGACCUAGAGGCCAUCAAUUAGGUUAGUCUGGCAGGCCAGCAAGCUCUGGGAUUCACUUGUAUGUUUCUCCAGGGCUAGGAUUUCAAGUGUGUGCCUUUGUACCUAGCUUUUGUAUGUGGGAUCUGUAAUGUUUUUUGCUUGUAUGGCAAGUACUUUCCCAAGUGAACUACUUCUUCAUCUAGGAUCUCUGACACCGUGUGUGUGUGUGUGUGUGUGUGUGUGUGUGUGUGUG